GCCGCCGGAGCAGACCGGGCGGUGUUGGGCGGGACUAUCGGCCCCGGCAGGCCAUCCUGCGCCGCUGGGAAGUCGGGCCGAGCCAGACGAACCCCAGGCGGAUGGGAGGGCGGAGCGCUCUGACGGAGCUGAGCAGCCAGACCACGGCGACCAGGACUGGGGCGAGGGACGCCGAGCCGACUGCCCGGACUCAGUCGGGAGGCACGUGGAGCAACCGCCGGACUGCGGUGUCAAACACGAGGGCACGCGGCCGGAAGGCCGAGGAUGCUGCGGUGCGCCACCAGGAGGGGACUGAUCAUCAGCGACCGGUGAAGGCAACGCCGAAGGAGAAUAUCAGCUGUUCUUGCGGCGUGAAAAAUGACGGCAGCGCCGGCCCGGUGUACCUCCGGCUGGGCUGUGCCUCCUCCCUGGAGCAGCUCGCCCGCCAGCUGGCCGCCCAGACUGGACUCCUGGAGAGCCAGGUGCGUCUGGAGAAGAUCAAGCACACCGGACGCGAGGGAAAAACGGACCAAGGCUGUCCGAUAGCCAAGUGGGUGAUCCGGCGCCGGGACGCCUCGGAGCAGCUGCUGGCCGUGGUGAAGCGGCGGCCCGGCCACCGCUGUCCGGCCGCCUGGACCGUCGUGCUGCUCGUGCUGUGGGACGCCGUCCGGCUGGAGCGAGCCGACACACUCUACCGCCGCCUCGUGCACCGGCUCAACCAGUCGGCCACGCCCACACGCCGCGGGUGCGGCACGAACCGCGGCCGCACGUGCAUGUGCCAGGGCCUGGACGGGGAGCGCGAGGGCGCCUCCUACUCCUUCGGCUGCUCUUACAGCAUGUACUACAACGCCUGCAAGUUUGCGCGCAGCACCCGCGCCAGAAAGUUCCGACUCGAUCAUCAGGACAAGGAGCUGGAACUGGAGAACGAGCUGCAGCAGCUGGCCACCGAGCUGGCACCGCUGUAUCAGCGGGUGGCACCGACCGCCUACAAUAACCAGCAUCGCUGGAGGUGCGGCACGAACCGCGGCCGCACGUGCAUGUGCCAGGGCCUGGACGGGGAGCGCGAGGGCGCCUCCUACUCCUUCGGCUGCUCUUACAGCAUGUACUACAACGCCUGCAAGUUUGCGCGCAGCACCCGCGCCAGAAAGUUCCGACUCAAUCAUCAGGACAAGGAGCUGGAACUGGAGAACGAGCUGCAGCAGCUGGCCACCGAGCUGGCACCGCUGUAUCAGCGGGUGGCACCGACCGCCUACAAUAACCAGGUCUGCUCGGAGGAAGCCGGCCGGGAGUGUCGGCUCGGUCUAGCUGCCGGCCGGCCCUGGUCCGGCGUCACAGCCUGUCUGGACUUCUGCGCGCACGCCCACCGAGACGUGCACAACAUCCAGACGGGCUGCACGGUGGUGCUUACCCUGCUGAAGCCACGAACGGCCGCGUCAGAUCAGCUGCCGGGCGAUCAGUCGGGCUCGCCGCCCGACGUGCAGCCAGAACCACCGCUCGGCAGUGGGUCGGACGUGCUUCAAGACAAGCAGCCAGUCCCGCUGCUGGACGCUCCGUCGGAACCACCUCGGGACGUGCAGCCGGCCGCCCCUCCAGUCGAGCGGUCCGCCGCGCUGUCGGCCGCCGGGCCGCGAUCAGAGGGCGGGGCGGGGACGGAGGAGGACCCGCCCUUUGACGAGCAGCUGCACGUGCUGCCGCUGUACGUGAUGGAUGACGCCGGUGAGGAUCCGAUGGCGGACGCCUCCUCUCGCGGAGUUCAGCGGCUGACCAGUUUUCCAGUCGAAAUCCGCGAGCGGGAGGUGCCUCUGCCCAGCUGCAGUGCACGAAAAGCCAACUCUCGAGCCCCGCGGCGUCCAGCCAAGUCAGCCAAGCGCGACCAGCCGCCAACUAAGCGUGCCUCCGUCGUGCCGGGCUCGUCACAAGGGUCCGAAUCGGCGCCUCCGACGUGGGAGCCGGGUCCGGCCAGUUUCUCCCCGGAGGCGUCCGUCGACGGCUGGACCUCGGGCUGGGUGUCGUCCGCGGCGCCGGCGCCGACCCUCUUCCCGAACGCGUUCUGGUCGGGCGAGUCCGCCGGCGAGGCAGCCCAGUCCGCGUGCUGGGCCGAAGCUGGAGCCGGAGACAUAGUGCCCUCUGUCCGGGAGACGGCCGAUGCCGACCAUGCGUACACGCUCCCCGUUCACCAGCUGCCGCUGACGUCCCACCGAUCCGAGGCGGAGACGGCGUGCGGUGCGCCCGGCUGGCAGCGCGAAGCGAUGCGCCGCACCGCGUGUGUCUCUCAGACGGCGGAAGGCGUCCGUCUGUACCACUACCGCUCGGACUGCGCGGCCAGCUUCAACGACGACGCGGCCGGCGGCGUGGCCGUCGCUCUCACGCACGGCUCGCUGCUGUUCGAAUGCGCCGUGGACGAGCUGCACGCCACGACGGCGCUGCGCCUGCCCGACCGGCGCCGGCCGGCGCGGCUGGCGCUCGUCUUUUACCAGCACCGCAGCCUGCAGCAGCGUCGUCACGGCUGGCUGGAGCGCGAGCAGCGCGAGCAGCGCCAG